CUUAGCUGCCAACUCAGCUUAUCCUUUGUUGAGAUAAUCCCAUUCAUUGGUAGACGGUGGACCCUGUUACUUUACGUAAUGGCAGCCUAGACCGUUCCACAAGGAAGAAGCCGGAAACACCAUCUUUAUGCUCCUUGCAGUUUCUCUGAUAACGGCAACCCAUCCAACAUGCUUGGCCCUUAUACAAUCAUGCACGUCAAUGAGGCAAUUCCUCCAAAUUCAUGCCCAAAUGAUCCGAAAUUUUUUAUUCGAAGACCCAUUUGCAGCCAGCAAAUUGGUCGAGUUCUGUGCUGUUUCAGACUUUGGAAACCUUCAUUACGCCCACAAGUUGUUCGCUGAAAUUUCUCAUCCAAACACUUUCACUUGGAACACAAUUAUCAGAGGCUAUGCCAAAUCUCCCUACCCCAAACCCUCUCUACAUCUCUUCAAUCAAAUGCUACAGUCUGGUUCCACCCCGAAUUCCUUCACCUUCUCCUUUGUAAUCAAAGCCUGUUCUCAUCUCGCUGCCUACGAUGAAGGCCGGCAACUCCAUGGCUUUAUCUUAAAGUCUGGAGUUGAUAGUGACUUGUUCUCUACCAAUGGCUUAAUCCACAUGUAUGCAGCUUGUAGAAAGAUUAGUCUUGCCCGGAGAUUGUUCGACACCAGUUAUGACAAAGACUCAGCUUCUUGGAGUUCAAUUUUGUCUGGGUAUGUUAAUUGCGGGCUUAUCGAACAGGCUCGUCAGUUGUUCGAUGAGAUGCCUGAAAGGGGUAUUGUUUCUUGGAAUGCUAUGAUUAAUGGGUAUUGCAAAUGUGGCAAAAUUGAAGCUGCUAGGGAGCUUUUCAACUGGAUGCCUUCUCGGAAUGUAGAGUCUUGGAAUACCUUGAUUGCUGGGUAUGCUAAGUGUAGUCUUCUUCAUUGUUCUCGCAAUUUGUUUGAUGAGAUGCCUACAAGAAAUAUUGUUUCUUGGAGCACCAUGAUAACUGCAUAUGCACAAGGGGCCCAGCCUAAUGAGGCCUUGGCUUUGUUUGAGAAAAUGAAAAAUGCCAAGGUGACGCCCAAUUGGGCUGCCCUAGUGAGUGCGCUAUCGGCUUGUGCACAGCUUGGAGCCUUGGAUCAAGGCAAAAGGAUCCAUCUCUUUGUAGACCAGAGCAAGAUGAAGGUUGACUCUAUAAUUGGGACAGCACUUAUUGACAUGUAUGCCAAGUGUGGGAGCAUAGAAAAUGCAAUGAGGAUCUUCGAUAUGUUGGCAUCAAAGGAUGUGUUCUCAUGGACAGCCAUGAUUGGAGGACUAGCAGUGAAUGGCAAUGGCAAGAAAGCUUUAGAGUUGUUUGGUCAAAUGGAAAGAGCUGGGGUGAGGCCUAACGAGGUCACCUUUGUUGGUGUGCUUUGUGCCUGCUGCCAUGGUGGCUGGGUGGAAUUGGGUAGAAAAUAUUUUAAUUCAAUGAGAACGAUAUAUGGUAUUGAACCACAAAUUGAGCACUAUGGCUGUAUGGUAGACACACUUGGACGCGCUGGCCUUUUGGAAGAAGCAGUUUCUUUUAUAGAAACCAUUCCCAUGAAAGCAAAUCCUGUGUUAUGGGGUGCUCUGCUUGGAGCUUGUUGGAUACAUGGGAAUGCCAAAAUAGGGGAGUAUGUAGGUGACCACCUUGUUAACCUUGAACCAAAUGAUGGUGGUGUAUAUGUGCUUUUGUCUAACAUCUAUGCCACCGUUGGAAGGUGGGAUGAUGUGAGGAAGAUGAGAAUGUUAAUGAAAUCAAAGGGCCUACGAAAGAGCCCAGGCUGUAGCUCACUAGAGGUCCAUGGUACAAUUCAUGAAUUUUAUGUGGGAGACAAAUCUCACCUUAGAGCAGAAGAAAUCUAUAUAAUGUUAGAGAUGAUCACAUCAAGAUUGAGAAAUGCAGGUUACACACCAAAUACGUCUCCAGUGUUAUUUGACAUAGAAGAUGAAGAGAAAGAAAAUGUUGUUUCAUAUCACAGUGAGAAAUUAGCGAUAGCCUUUGGGCUCAUCAGCAUUGAAGAAGGUGUACCCAUCAGAAUAGUCAAGAACCUUCGAGUUUGUCGUGAUUGUCACACUGCUAUGAAGUUCAUAUCUAAACUUUUCAAUCGAGAAAUAGUCUUGAGGGAUAGGAAUGUGUUCCAUUACUUCAGAGAUGGGUCUUGUUCUUGCAAGGACUAUUGGUGACAUCUUUAUUGAGCUAUGUGAUAUCCCUCUCUUG